AUGUUUUCAGUCUUUCGACGUCGUACUGCUUCAGCAUCACGAUCUGAUUCAAAUGUUAAAGAAAAUUCACUUAGUGAAACUAAUGGACGUAAAAUAAAUACUGAAAAUAAUGGUUUUAUUACACCAAAUUUAACAACAAAUGGUAAUGGAAUAAAACAUCGUACAUUAUCAGGUGUUUCCUUAACAUCAUCAUCAUCAUCAUCAUUAACAACUUCACCAUUACUUAAUAUAACACGUCAACAAGAAAAACAAGAAUUGCAAACACUUAAUGAUCGUUUAGCUGUUAUUAUUGAUACUGUACGACGUCUUGAACAGGAUAAUGAAAAAUUACGAACUGUUGUUAAAACAAAUGCUCAAUCAUUUGAAACUGAAACAUCAAAAGUUAAAGCAUUAUAUGAAAAUGAAUUAGAUGAUGCUAAAAAAUUAAUUGAAGAAUUAGCACAUGAAAAAUCUCGUCUUGAAAUUGAACUUGAAAAACAUCGUUCUGAAAAUACUGAUUUACAAACAAAACUUUCUCGUAUUGAUCGUGAUUCACAUGGAUAUGAAUCUCGUUUAAAACAAUAUGAAACUGUAAUAGCUGAAUUAAAAACACGUUGUGAUUCCAUUACAUCAGAUAGAACACGUAAAAUUGAAGAGAACGAAUUUUUUCAAAAUUUAAAUAAUGAUCUUGAAAAACAAAUAUCAGCAUUAAAACGUCAACUUGAAUCUGAAACUUUAUUACGUAUUGAUCUUGAAAAUAAAAAUAAAACAUUACGUGAAGAAUUAGAAUUUAAUGAGCAAGUACAUGAAACACAUAUACAACAAAUUAAAGAACAACAAUGUUAUGAAAUUAUUCAUGAUGAUGGCUUACGACAACAAUAUGAUGAUAAACUUUUACAAGAAUUACAACAAUUACGAACGCAAAAUGAACAAGAAAUCAUUUUAUUACGAGAAGAAAUUGCUGCACAAUAUGAGAAAAAGAUUGAAGAUUUAAUUAUAACUAAUCGCCGCUAUGUUGAACAAAUAAAUAAUUAUCGUACUGAUUUAACAUCAUAUCGUGAACGUAUGGAAGAAACAAUCAAAACUCGUGAUUUAUGUAAUGAAAAAAUGUUACAAUUAGAACAACGUUGUCGUGAUUUAGAAGAUCGUGCAUAUCGUGCACAACAACAACAACAUGAGUCAUUAAUGGAACGUGAUGAUGAAAUACAAAAUCUUAAAUCUAUUAUUGAACAAAUGCAAAAUGAUUAUCAAAAUUUACUUGAUACCAAAAUUGGACUUGAUCGAGAAAUAUCAACAUAUAGAAAAUUACUUGAUUCAGAAGAAGAACGAUUGAAUAUUGGUGGUCGAUUAGGACCUAUGCUAAAUAUAAAUAGUACCGGAGCAUCAACAAUAAAUGAUGAAUCCGUAGCAAUAGUAACACCAAGUUCAACACAACGACAGCGUCAUAAACGAGCACACGUUGAAGUUGAUGAUGAUGAUAUAAUUCUUACAAAUGGUAAUGGACAUUAA